AUGUCCGGGCUCGAGCGCAAGGUGGGCGAGCUGGGCGACGCGUUCGGCUCCAGGAUGCAAGCAACAGAGAAGCGCCUGGAGAGCCUCGAGAUCCGCAUGGCGACCUACGAGAGUCGUACACGGGAGGGCUCGUACGCCAGCUCCCGGGCUGAUGAGGAAGUACGGCAGCAACUGCGAGCUUCGGAGGAACAAAUUUCGAUGAUGAAGACGGCAGGAGUUCUCAAUAGCAACGCGAAUGAGGAGUUUAAGAACGAUUCGGCAGUGAUCGGUGGGCUCCAGACGGUCGGGAACAUCGAGAGGGCGAAGGCCUUUAUUGAGAACAAGCUCUGGUUCGCAAGCGCAGCAAACCGUGACGAAGCCGUUAAGGCGUUCCGCAAGGCCCCGCUCAAGGAAGGCGGCAAUUCCGUGUGGGCGAAGGCGGACCAGGGGCUCCGCAAGCGCAUCGUCCUCUCUUUUGCCUUCGGGGUCAAACACGUUUUGAAAGAUUGUGGCUUCACUUCGAACAGCGCCUGGGCAGACCCGGGGGCGGGCAAC